AAUGUGUCUCAUCAUGCUGGCGCAUCAUACUCGGCGCUGCAGGCUCAGUCCGCUUCUCACCUCAGAUCGGCAUCGGCCUCGGCCACUGCGGCAGCAUCCGGAUCGGUUGCGGCAUCGACAACGACAUCGGCCCCCGGCAAUGCGUCCAAUGCCCCCAACACUCAACAGCACACGCCUCUGAAGAAGAGGAAGUUCAAGGUCGUCGAGCAGAGCGGAGCGCUAGGCGUCGGGCGCCUGGUCGUGGGGGCUCCCAGCGCCGACGAUAAUCUAGCCGGUGUCAGGGAUGGCGCAAUCAGUUUUGCUGCGGCGGCCUCGUCGGGGGCCGCAGCGCGCGUGUCCCCGGCAGCUCCAUUACCACCACUGGUCAAGAAGUCGCACAAGAAACAGGUCAAGCCGGAAUCUAAACCUGAAGUGCCUGCGCCUGGGGUCGGGCCUAGUGUCUCUCAAGGCCCACCACAACAGACGCAGCUACCGCUGCAACCGAUCUCCAAACCCCUGCUAGAAGGUGUCCUUGACAAGCUGCAAACGAAAGACACCUAUGGAGUUUUCGCAGAACCUGUGGAUGCGGCUCAGGUUCCGGAUUAUUAUGACUUUAUCAAAGAUCCGAUGGAUUUUGGAACAAUGAGGAAGAAAAUUAACAAGAAUGCUUACUCGACCAUGGAGUCUUUUGAGGUUGGUGCUCAGGUCUGAAACUCGUAUGCGGAAAGUCUAGCACAAUUAGGAGCAAUUCUCGGGCCGAAGGCUUGGAGCUAUGUCGCACGUGAGUUGCAAAAAGUUCUUGCGCGGGGUGUUCCCUUCGGACCUGGUUGGGUUGGAGAGCAAGAGGCACCAUUGCAAGUGAAGAAGCAGCAUGCAGCGAAAAGUAUUGCAAACGUGAUGACCACUGAUGAAGCACCUGCUGGGUUGGUUGUUUCACCUGGUGCACCUUCUCACAGAUCUAGUUCUGCUGCUGCUUCCUGUACAUCUCCCGGGAACUCAUCUGCUGUGCCUCUGAAAGUGACGAGUCAAGCUGGUGUUGACAGGCCUCCGUCUGGUAAAACGGGACAAGUAUACUCUUCUGGCGCUUUAGGAAGACCGUUCAUUUCGUCUUCUAAAACCCCAUCUGGUUCUGCAUCUGUUUCGAGCGUGGCUAAGUCACCUCCCAAGCAGUCAACUGUUUCGCAUACUGCGAACGCCGGUGCUGUUUCCAGUGCCUCAAACGGAGGGGUCGUGACUAGUCCCGGAACGAUGCCCGCAUUUUCGUCCGCAGUGUAACAGCAGGUGCUGAGUGGUGCUCAACCAGGUUCAGGAUCCCUGAGUUUGCCAACUUCUUCGAGCCCUGGACAUCAACCUGGCUCCUCCAAUGUACCUACAUCCGUGAGUGGCCAAUCCGUCCAUGCCCCAACGUCAUCUAGUCCGAUGUCGGGAGGUGUCCAAGCCCAAUCUGUUCCUUCAGGAAGAACAAUGUUCAACAAACCAUCUGGCAUAGCACAAGGAGCUAUGAGCACGGGGAGCCCGGUCAAAUUUUCGCCUGGCCCUUCAAAGUUGAGUUCUGGUGCUGUAGUCACUCAAUGAGGGCACUCUCCAGCAGGUGCACAACAAGGCUUAGGAGGCGGUGCAAGCUCAGUGCCGACUAGUCCUGCUGGAGUCGGGCAGCCUGGGAUCAGCUCGGGCUCAAUGACAAGCUUCUCCCCGGGAGCUCCCAAAUCAAGUCUUAUGGGAGGAACUUUCCCCAGUUACACUUCUGUCAGUGCCCAAGCCAUUUGCAUGGGGCCUGCAACGAUCUAUCCCUCACUGUCACAGACGGUAUCAGCUGGCAGCAAUAUCUCCAGCUACCAGCAAUCAUCAACCAAUACGAAAACGGUUCAGGGACUUGGCGUUUUGCCCAGCUUCAAUGCAAGCGCUGUACAAUCAGGUCUAGUAGUAGGAUCCAUGUUCGGUUACUUCCGGGAUUUCACAGUCCGGACCUACUGUUGCCUCUAAUAAGAGUUUUUCCGCUGGCCCUGGGAAUCCGGGCCCAGCUAUACUUAUGGCGAGCUUUCCGUCCGGAGUUGCAGCCGAGCAUAACUAAUUUAUUAAAAAUGUAAUUAAUUUCUAUAUCACUGUCCAAAUCAUUUUUCGAGUCACC